AUGCCCUUGGAUGGUGCCUCAUUCACUCCCUUAAACUUGCCCCCGACCUUUACUCUGCCACGAUGUCUGGAAUACUUUGAGCUCACCGCGGGGCCGAACACGGAUCUCUGGCGAAAGCCCCCCAAUGGAGACACCUCGACGGCUCCGAUUGUCUUCACCUCCCUCCGUCACCCAUUUGUCGUCGCCGAGGUCACCGUGAGCGCAGAUUGGGAGAUGGAAUGGGAUCAAGGGGCCUGUGCCACCGCCGACGGCGCAGAUUGGUGCGUGUCCCCCUUGGGACCGGCAGUGGGGGAUGCUUCUUUUUCGUCAUCAUCUUCUUCGACAAGAGGGAACGGUCCCCUGCCGAUCCAAUCUCUCCGGAUCAAGCUCGAACGAGUCGGUCAUGCCCUUUGGGUCUGGUAUCAGGUUCCCCUCGCGGCGCCGGGCGCCCAUACCCCCGGCGCUGUGGGGAGCACGUGGAAGAAAUUGCGCGAGGUGACGUGGUUCUUUUACGGGGUGGAAGAUAAAUUUGUUCACGUCGGAGUGUAUGCGAGUCGUCCGACGAGUGUGGUCCAGGGUCAGACGAUGUGGGAUGCGAUGCACGGGUUAACGCUGGAUAGUUCAUUGGCGGCUGGACCAGCCGAUGGAUUGGUGGUGGAGUUUGAAGACUUGGAGAUUUUUUGA